AUGACAUCAAGCUCUUCAUUUCCUGUCAAAAACCGAGCAUUUUCGGACAGUCACUAUGAUUUCACUGUUCCUCCCCAAGCCGUUAUUCACAACAUUGGCAAUGUGAAUGAUCAGCCUCUCUUACCAGGUCUGGGCCAGCUUCUGGCUCUUGCAAUGUUUCAAAUCCCAUUGCCAAACUCCACUCAAAUUACGUCAGAACCGCAAAAUGUCCGCACCACCAACAUUGCUCGAAUCUGGAAAUCAAUCCCAAACCAAUCCGACGACAGCCGAUAUUAUGGAGAUCCCGGUUAG